GCAAAACGCAACGCUGCGUUGGACAGGGGGUUGAACACGGGUCAAAUGAACCCGAGGUGGCCAUUCACGUUGUUUUAUUUGUUGGCCCCCCUGGUUCGAUACCCCGGGUCUAGUAUGUUUUGUUGUUCAAUGCCGAUGGUGCAGCCGACUUCGCCGUGCAUUCUCCCGAGAUGGACUACUCCGUGGACCUGCCUGGCAUAUAAGCCAGUUUUUUCUGAGUCUGCACCCCGUACGAUACUGAAAAGUCCAUACUGACCGUCGCCAUGGGCUGCUACAAGCGCAAGAUCACCGUCAACGACAAUGCCGUCACGAGUGCGGUCAACCUGACACUGCGCCAGUCUCUGCUACCAAAUGCGCUAGUUACAAUCCUGUUCUUCCUCUGGGGUUUCGCAUACGGACUGCUCGACGUGCUCAACUCGCACUUCCAAACCACGUUAAACAUCACCGCCAGCAAGUCCAGCGGUCUACAGGCGUCGUACUUCGGGGCGUACUUUGUCUGCCCGUUGACCAUCUCGGGAUGGAUUAAUCGCAGAUUCGGGUUUCGGGUGACGUUCAUGGCAGGCCUGGCAACUCUUGCCGUCGGAUGCCUUCUCUUCUGGCCGAGUGGCGUGAAGAAAUCGUUCGGUGGAUUUUGUGGAAGCAUGUUUGUCGUCGGAGCAGGUCUUUCAACCCUUGAAACCGCCGCAGACCCAUUCCUCGCCAUUUGCGGACCCCCUCGAUACAGCGAGAUCCGACUGAACCUCGCCCAAGCCGUCCAAGGCGUCGGGACAUUCGUCGCGCCCCUCCUUGCAACCCGGGUCUUCUUCCAAAAUACGGUCGACACAGACCAGGGUCUCAAGAAUGUGCAGUGGGUAUACCUCGGUGUAGCCGGCUUCGUCGGGCUGUUGAUAAUCUUAUUUCUGCUCGCCCCGUUCCCUGAAAUCACCGAUGCGGACCAGCAGGCGCUUGAGAGCAUGAUCCACGAUGGCGAAGAGGAGAGUCCGCCGCUGAAGAAACAGUAUAACCUGUUCCUCGGCGUUUGGAGCCAGUUCUGCUAUGUCGGGGCGCAGAUUGCCCUCGCAGGGUAUUUUAUCAACUUCUGUCUCGAGGCGGGUUAUUCGUCUGCUAUGUCUUCCGAUCUGCUUGCCAUCGCGCAGGGUCUGUAUGCGGCCAACAGGUUCAUCGCGACCGGGUUGAUGAUGAUGAAGGCGUUCAAGCCGCGGUAUAUGCUGACGGUGUACUUGGGUCUUUGUAUUGUCUUUGCAAUCGCCGCAAUGAACACGAAUGGCGCGGUGUCUGUCGCGCUCUGCAUUCUUGUCUUCUGCUUCGAAUCGUGCUGCUUCGCAACGAUCUUCUCCCUCGCCCUGCGCGGUCUCGGGAGACAUACAAAGGUCGGAGGAUCGUUCCUCGUCGCUGCGAUUUCAGGAGGGACCGUGUUCCCUCCGAUGAUGGGUGCUGUUGUGACGAACAAAAACGCGCACCUGGCGAUGGCGAUCCCGAUGAUGGGGUAUAUUCUGGCGUUUAUCUUUCCGGUUUAUGUGAAUGUUUUUAAGAAGGAUUCGAUGGAUAUGCACCGCAAUACUGCGAUUAAUGUUGAUGUGCCUGUUGGGAAGGAUGUUGAGCUGGAGCGUGCGGAUGCCGAGGAGCGUCACACAAACUGAGAUGCCAAGUAUUGGGAUGUCUGGUCUGAUGGGGUGGUUUGGUAGUUUGAAUACUAUUC